AUGAAAGCUAAGAAAAAUAAUGAUUAACAAAGAGUAACAGAAUUAGGUGAGCACGUAUUAAAAAGUUAAAAUACAAUGUUGGGAACAAAGAUUGACUAAUUAAAAAAGGAAAUAUUAGAGAUGAAAUCUGUAUAAAACAAUCCAAUAUAUCUAGGUGCUAGCUUGCAGAAUAAAAAGACCAAGUGGAAAUUCAACAGGAAGAGUUAAUACAUUAUAAAAAAUUAUGCAAUUAGCUUUCUCGUAGAAUAAGAAUAAUUAUGGCGUAUAAUGAAGAGUCAAUACAAAAAAAGAUUACAUAGAAUGAUUUAGAAGAAGAAAACUAUGAAUGUUUAUGUGGGAGCAAUUAAAUAGAUCCAAUAAAAUACUUUUUGGUUAAUGGAGAUUAAUAACAAUAAUUGUAGAUAACUCAAGCUUAAGAAUAAGUUUAGGAGAUACAAGAAGAAUAUACUAAACUAAAUCAGAUAUAACAAAAGUAAAUAGAGAAUAAUAUAAUGUAGUGAUUAUAUUAAGUAAUUAAUUGAAGAGCAUGCAGAAUAGAAAUCUUAAUUACUACAUUAGAUAGAGGAAUUAAAAUUGCAAUAAAAACUAGUAGAAGAAUAAUUCUUUUAAACUACCUUAUUUGCAGAUUUAGUAUAACAAAAUAAUUAUUUGACUUCUACAUUGUUUAAUGUUGAGGAUCAACUUGUAUAAGUACAAAAUAAUAAUAUCUAUUAAAAAGGCUUAAUUAAUAAUAAAAGAAUAAUAAGAGAAGUUUGAGAUAUAAAUUUAAUAGUUGUAAUAGGAGUGUGAAUAGAAGAUGAAAGAUUUAAUGUAAUAAUAGGAGAGUGUUAAGAUUGAAAUAAAAUAGACAGAUGAUUAAUUAUAAAGUAAAUUAAUAGAAGAAUUGAAAUCUUAAGUGGAAAACUUAUCUAAGGUGGUUGAAGAAUUGAAAAUAGAAUUAUAGUAAUGUAGAGAAAGAAAUAAAGAAAUAAAUAAUUAAUUAAUGGAUGCUAUUAAUUACAAAUAAUCAUUAUUUAAUUAGAAUAAUGAGUUGAAGUAGAGUCUUAGUGUUUAUAAAAUAAUGGUUAAAGAAGAAAAGAUUGAGUAGAUUACUCUUCGAUAUGAGAAUCAUAAAUAACUGUUAUUUGAAAUAGAAUAAGAAUAUGUGAACAACAAAUCUAAUGAAUUUAUUUAGAAAUUUAGAGAAUUUGUUGGAUAUGUUAAAAUGAGGGAUGAGAAAGUCAAAAGUUUAUAAUAAUUGUUAGAUAAAAAAACUAUUGAUUAGAACAAUAUAAAAAAGGUAAUGAAUUUUGAUAAUCUCAGUAAAUUUAAUAACUUAUUGAUGAACUAGAUUACAAUUCCAAUUCAUUUAAUUCUAUCACUGAAACUAAUAAAAAUCUAAGUAGAUUAGUUAAUGAAACUCAAAAUAAUUUAAGUAGGGCCAUGUAAGAGAAAGUAGAUGAAAGAACUAAAUUUGAAAUUGAAAAAACAGUAAUUAUAUUUAAAUAUAUAGUAAUUCAAUGUAAAAUUACAGACAGCAGAUGAAACUAUCAAAUAAUUGUAAAUACAAAAUGAAUAAUAUAAAAAGUUGAUUUUGACUUUUGAAAAUGAAAGAUAGAGUAAUAAAGAGACAAUAAGACUUUUGUAAAAAUAAGAUUCAGAUAAUAUUUAAAAACUAUUUUAAAAAGAAUGGGAUGUAAAUAAAAUGAUAGAAGAAACUAAGAUUAUUUAAGAAAGAGAGAAAUUAAGUGAAUCUAUUAAUAUAAAAUUUAUGAAAAAAGCAGAGAAAUCAAAAAAUAAAUUGAAAUAACUUAAAUUGUAAUUGAAAUCGUAAAUAUAUUAUAUAAAUAUUUUUGAAGAGAAUCUAAGGACACAUAAAAUGAAUUAUGGAUAUCAAUGAAAAUGAUGGUAGAUUGUUAAUAAUGUAAAAAGAGAGUUAAGUAAUUAAUUUUAAUGAAAUGUCUUCAUAUGUUUUGUAAACCUUGUAUAGAAGAUAAUUAAAGGAAUCGCAAUAGAGCAUGUCCAGUUUGCAGAACAAGAUACGGAAUAGAAGAAGUUAGAUCCAUUAAAUUGAGUUGA